AUGUUAUUGUCAAACGGUUUCUUUAUUCUUUGUCCAGUUCACAAUGUUCGGUUGUGGUGGGACAGCCAUAGGAAUUUGCAUCAGCCACAAGAUUUCCGAUCUAGCGACCUUCCUCACAAUCCUUCAGAGCUGGACCGCCGCCUGUCGGGGAGCUGGAGAUCCUCGACAAGUUCACGACCAGACGGUUCGUUUCAGUCCUUCCAUGGUGGAGCACUCAAGCGCGGAAUAGAAACCGCUCUCGGAAAAGACAACGAUCAGUUUCGCCCGUCGCGCGUCGAGGUAGUGCUUGCGUUGAUUUGGAGAUGCGCAGUGCUAUCUCACAGUUCCAAAACGGGGUUGUUCAAGCGGUCGGCCAUGUUCCAAGGCGUGAAUCUCCGUCCCCGAAUGGAGCCUCCGGUGCCGGCGACGGUGAUCGGGAAUCUCGUGUUGCCUUUCGUGGUGAUGGUGGAGGAAGAGAAGGAGAUGGAAUUGCACGAGGUGGUGAAGAAGAUGAGGAAAGGAAUGAAGGAGUUCAUAGAGAAGAAGGCAAGAAAGUUCAAAGAAGGAGAUGGGGUUGAAGCAGUAAUGGAGUUUCUGAAGGAGAGAGGAGAGAUGAUGAAGAAGAAGAAGGAGGAGACAGUGGUUUAUAAGUGUUCGAGUUGGUGUAGGUCGGCAUUGUACGACGUGGAUUAUGGGUGGGGGAACCCUGUGUGGAUGUCGAGUGUGAACAAGAUGGUGAGCAAUACAGUGGCUUUGCUGGAUUCCAGAGAUGGUGGGGUUGAAGCCCUGGUGACUCUGGACGAGCAAGAGAUGAAGAUCUUUGAACAUCAUCAAGAGAUACUUCAUUAUGCUCAGCUUAAUCCCAGCAUGGUUCUUCCACCUUCUAAGCCUAAACCUUUUAUCAGUGCAUCACUGUGA